AUGUCUGGUAUCUCAGAUCUCCCUAAACCACCUCAUCGAUACUCUUACCAUCGAUCUUCGUUGAGUGAUCCUGCUACAUCCUCAGGCAACAGCUCUCCAAUGGGAUUACCACCGCUCUUACCUUCCGAUCUUUAUGGUGACGACUCCUCACCUGCAAGUUCGACCUCUUCGACCACCUCUGAGAUUAUGACGCCGGAUAUCGUGGAUAGCUCAGAGAGAGAUCAAGCCAAAAAUCUUCUCACUACUCCCAAAAUGACAUCUGAUCAUUCGAUCUUAUCCUUAAUGUCUCAACAACCCACGCCCAAGUUGAUCAUCCCUUUCCAAGGUUCCACCUCGACUUCCACUUCCGCUUCGACCUCGACCUCUGGAUCUGCCGGUUCAAGAUUCCCAUUGUUACCUCCCCAUCAUCCACUCCGAUCCAAGAUGUACAGUCUAUCGGAAUAUGCUACUAGUCCCAUCUCGUCCCCCGCUCAUACACCCAAAGGACACCCUAUAGAGAAAAAUAAGAGUCACAGUAGUUAUUUCGCUUAUGAUGCCAAGACUAAAACCCAUCCUAUCACUAAUCCAUACGGUGCAGGAAACCCUUCUUAUCAAACUACCUUAUCCUACUUACUUCGGAUACCUCGUCGGUUAAGACCCAUCCUAUUGAUUGGCGUCUGCGUAUUCACCUUUGGGUUGGUAUUGCUCAAUCGAGCGAUGUCCCAUGCGAAUCACAUGGAUCACCUUAUCAAGCAGCAGAGGGAACUUGCCUUUUCUAAGAGAUACGUGAAUCAACCUCAGUCGGCAGACCAGUACCCCUUGAUGGCAAGUGAGAUUGAUGAUGCUCGUCAGGCCGAGGCGGCCGUACAAAGUACGGUGGUCUUAGGUAAAGGACUGGAAUUCGAAAAUGUUCAAGAGGAAUUCGCUGCUUUGAUCAGUUUCGUCACCUCUACCACAGCCAAUGCCCUACCAUCUCUUGAUCCGACCAAACCCAUAAAUCCUCAUACUGUGUUAGAUUUCGAUCCUACCCAUCCCAACGCUCGAGAAGAUCUGCUCUUACUUCAAAAUGAGAUUAACAUCAUGUACCCUUUAGUGUUGAUUGGUAAAAUGAGGGAUCCAUACCAUCGAGAAAUUAAGAGGAUCUUGUCGGAAUAUAAAAUUUCACCUUCACCAUUGAUGAUUGAUGUCGAUCAACGAAGGGAUCAUCAAGUGAUUAUCCCACUCUUCACCAGGUUAUUAGGUAUCGAAAGCGAAAAGGAUUUACCUCAGUUGGUACUUCAAGGUAAAACUUUGGGAUCAUAUCAUGAUAUCCUAGAUCUGAGGGACAAAGGUGAAUUAAAAGAAGUGCUAGAAAAGUCAGGAUCGGUUCAAAUCAGAGAGGUUGGUGGUAAAAAGAAAAGAAAGGGUUUGAAGGAGAAGGAGAGGAUCGAAAAUGAACGAAUCCUAAAACCAGCUCCUAUAGUUCCUCAUUAA